ACACACUUAGAAGCGAGCACUCUACACCAUGAGUUCUGAAACAAGUGGACAGACUACAGAAGGUAAAACAGAGGAAGCAGUAGCUGUUGGUACUAAACCCACUGCAGUAAAGGGGGAGUGGAAGUGUCCUUCAAAUGAUGGUCACAUUCACAGAGAAGAUGUUCGAAAGGUCUGGAAAGAAUGCCAAGAGGAAAGCUUCUGGUACAGAGCUCUCCCUCUCUCCCUGGGCAGCAUGGCUGUCACUGGCGGUCUGAUCUACAACGGUGUUUGGAAGCAAUCCAAGCGACUUGGUCCCUUUCCAAAACUAGCAGUUGCUGGGAUCCUUGGUUAUGCAGUGGGUAAAGCCUCUUACAUGAGUACUUGUCGAAGCAAGUUUCAGACGCUUGGGAUUGAAGGACCUGGAUUUGGACCUUGGUCUAAGGGAGGUCCUAAAUUUGGCCAUGGACACAGAAAGUGCCACCAUGUGUGUGAAGAGUGCAAGAAAGGGGUCCCAGCUGCACCUACAGAGGAAACCAAAAGCUAGAGACUCUUGGGAACCGUUGGUCACUGAUUGUUAGCUUUAUUGUGCUUUGUUUUCCUAUAAUGCAUCCAGUUUGUCAUAAAUCUGUUUUCAUAUGCUCUGACCUUUCUCAUAUUCAUGUCAAACCAUGCACAACCGGCCACUAGGGGAAGCUGUGCUCCUUUCAGUGAUGCAUACACAGAAUAAAAGCUACUUCACUA